UAGAGGCUGCGUACUGCGUACUGCGUACUGCGUACACGGUAGAUGGCGGAUUAUUGAUCUUGCUGGAGAGGGAGUGGGUGAGUGAUUUGUGAGAAAGGUGGUGAGAGAUCGCUCGGGAGGGCGAAGUACGGCGCGAGGCUGGCAUCCUAUCGCGAUCUAUCGAUGCUGAUGGACAGCACCGCGCUGCAAGGCUGCACACUUGGACUGCGCGCUGCAGGGCGUUUCCCGCCCUGUCCUUCGUUUGCACUACCGCGCAUCUCCCAUCUCUCACCUCUCUUGCUCUCUCCACCUCGCUCCUCUCGGAGCCUUGGAAAUCCGAUACAUUCCGUAUGUGUACACGUCAAAUCACUGCCCCCCAGCUAUACCACAGUACUUAUCCGCAUCUGCAAGGCUACGCUACGCUACAGUGAAUGCACCAAACAGCACCCAGCCUUGCGGUCCCGCCGCCCGUUCGUUCGCAAAGCUGCUACGCCUCAGUUCUCAGGUUUACACAGUAGGCAGAUAGAUAGUGCUGCAGGUAAUCGAAAAAGCGGGGGAUCAAUCACACAGCUCGAGCGUCACGUCGCGUCUCGCCCACCUAGGUUCUUUUGGGUGAAGCCUUAUUGGAUUGGGUUAGAUGUGUUGGUGAAUGAGGGGGAUUCGUUCGAAGGAAGGAAGGAUGUAUAGUACAUAUGACAUAUGUAGACGUACGGCACAGGGAAAAAAAAAGGUUGGGUUGCCUCGGGCCGGUCCCUUCCUUCGCGGGGCGGCAGAUCUGUUAUUCGUCCGCUUAGCGUGGGAGCAGGGGGAAGGAAUGCCGUUAAAUGGUUCGAUUUGGGAGGAUUUAAGGUGUGGCAGCUUCCUCCCAUGCUUUAUCGGUGUGGCCGGAGGUCUCUUGUGUUUAUAUCCUACGCCUCAUAGGCACUUCGUUGACGG